AUGGAAGAUGGCUGCGCUAAUGCCUCCAGCGGCUGCUCCUGUAAUUGGUGUCGAACACAAACACCUCCCUCUCCCUGGCUGACCGAGAGGACGCAAAGAAUUGAGGUGGCGAUGGCAUCGUUCAACGCAGAGUAUGGCCUGCUCACUUUAACGGGAGUGAACAUUUGGAUUUCACGAGGAGGUCGUAUGCGAAAGCGUGUGGAACUCAUGUCGCUUUGGAUCAAUUUCUCGCAGCCGACGGCUGAGAACAUGCCUGCGAUUGUUUUUGCCGGAAUCUGGUUGCUAUGCCUGGUAUACAUCUUUUUAAAUGAGCUGGUGGAGAUUUCGUAUGCGAUUCGGAAUGCUGAAGCCAGAUGGCAUCGUGCUCUGCUGGAGGAUUACAUUGGGCUUUGGAAUGUUGUUGACUGGCUGUCGAUAGCAGUGGCUAUUGUCGUGCUCGUAUAUUGGUUUGGCCUUGCCUCGGAAGUGUCAAAACUGCAACUGCAGCUGGGGCACCUGCAAAACCAGGAGCUAUCCCAAGGCGUACUCGAGCGAGUCAUGCGUGUCGGGCAUGUGGCUGCUUUCUACGAAGCAGUCGAAGCAGUUAGUACAGAAGAGAAGAGGUUCCGCUUGAUUCUGUGCUUCUAUCCGAUGCUCCUCCUGCUGCGCCUUUUCAAGUCCUUCGCAGCUCAGCCCCGCCUGGCAGUAGUCACAGAUACAAUUAAACUGGCAUCACAAGACCUUUUGCACUUUGGUAUUGUCUCCGUGGCUGUUCUGGCAUGUUUGUGCUUGAAUGCCGUGCUUCUAUUUGGGCGAGAUGAGGAAGCGUUUGGAAACUUGUUUCGGUCCUUGCAUACUGCUUUUCGAAUGAUGUUUGGGGAUUGGGACUGGAUGCCCAUGGAGCGGGUCAGCCGAACUGGAGCAUAUUUGUGGUUUACCAUGUUCAUGGUGCUCGUAGUCAUAAUCCUUCUUAACAUGUUGCUGGCCAUAAUCCUGGACAAUUACAUGGAUGUGAAGCGGGUUUCCGCAAGCGCAGACUCGCUGGGAGCCCAAAUACAAGAAAUGUACCGACGACGAAAGAUGCUGAAGCGCAAAGAACGUGUGCGCCUCAACGACAUUUGGGACAGCUUUGUGGCAGAGGCCAGGGGUCGGCCAAAAAUUGCGCUGGCAAGAGACCGCCAAGUUACGGCCGAAAUGCUGCAGCAGAUUGUGCCAGGCAUUCCCCUGUCGCAAGCAUCGCGCACUUUGCAAAAUUCUUGGUUGGCGCACCUGAAGGCAACCACAGCUCCCUUCGAGCUCAAGCACUCGUCACGUCACUUGUCAAUGUUUGAGGUGGAGAGCAGGAAGGUACGCAACGGUCUGUUCUUUCUUUUUGACCGUUUGGACUUCUAUGACACGCGGCAUGAUGGCGAGGGUGCGGAGAAGGAAAGAGAGAGAGCAGAUGGCACUAGUUCGCAGCCAAACAGUCCAGUCCCCAGAUCCCCAAGCUCGCCACGUUCGCCUAAGAUGAGAUCCCCGGGAUCUGGCCGGACAUCAGGACGUUCGGCACGCUCAGCACGUGGGGACUCAGCUGCUGGUCCAUCUGAUAUGGAGCAGGAAAUCAACAUGCAAAUGCAGCGUUUGAGCGUGGAAGCGGCGGAGAAGUUGGCGACAGUGUUGAGCAGCGUGGACAAAACCCAGGGUCGGAUUGAAGAGAAGCAGGCAGCAAUCCAGUCAAGCAUGCGCGACAUGCUUCAGGUCCUUUUGCAGCAGCAGACAUGGCCUUCCGGUGAGAAGUACACCGGCCAGUUCUUCAAGGGCAGCUUCCAUGGCAGAGGGACUCGAUCAUGGCCUAAUGGGGACAGUUACACUGGUGAGUUCAAGCACGGAGAGCAGGAGGGCGAAGGCAAGUUUGAAAGCGCUGCAGAAGGUUGGUUUUACAUUGGCAGGUGGAUCCAUGGUCAAAUGUGCGGGCAUGGGGAGAAGACUUUUCCAGAUGGAGUAGUUUAUGUAGGGGAAUGGAAGCGAGGGAGCAGGCAUGGAACUGGAUGUCUGACAUGGCCAAGCGGUGCUCAGUAUGAAGGGCAGUUUCUCGACGACUGCAUCGAAGGAUAUGGCCGAAAAUCCUUCCCUGAUGGCAGCUGGUGUGAGGGCGAGUUCAAGGAUGGUGAACUGGAAGGUCACGGCACGUUCCACUGGCCUGAUUCCACAGAGUUCGAGGGCCUGUGGCACAAGUCAGAAGUAGUUGGGCCUGGCAUUCACCGCUUCCCUGAUGGCACCUCUGUCGCUGGCAACUUCGAAGACUGUGGAGCAAGUGGCGAAGGAACCAAGACUUGGGCAAAAGGUUGCAGUUAUGCUGGCCGGUUGUUGCAUAAUCAGAUACACCACUAUGGUGUCUUACGAUGGUCCGACGGGCGCUGCUAUGUGGGUCACUUCAAGGAUGAAGCUAUGCAUGGUGUUGGAAUGCUGACGUGGAAUGAUGGCCAGGGCUCCUGUGUGUACAAGGCGCAAGUCAGGGACACCAUUGGCAAGGCUGCAGAACUUGCUGAGCAGCUUGAGUUCUUCGGCAGCGUCAAGGAAAGCUCGAUGACGUACUGCUGUGGUGGAAGAAUGGCAAAGACCAGCACGAAGGCAUACCAAGAUCUGGAAGAAGCUGAACGAGCACUGGCAUCUGCGGCCAACGGGGAAAAUCUGGAUGGUCGGCCUUUGGCGGAUGCGGGAAUCAGAUCCGAAGAAGCUCGGGCGUACUUAGAUCCCUUGACAGACAGAGGCCCUGCAGACGUCCUGGAGACACAAGGCCCCAUAGACGUGGAAGAGGUGGAAUCUGUACAAAGUGCAACUACACGAACAGAUUUCCCGAGUCCUCCUGGCGAGGGCUCCAUGCUGCCUCUCAUUCCAGCCGCCUGCCGGCAGGGAUAG